AUCGGAAAUUGUUAUGGAAAGGAUGGUGAAUCCACAAUAUUGGGUAGAAUGGAUUUUUGGACUUACAAAAUGGGGUAGACAGUUCAGACGUGAUUUAAAGCUCUUGCACAACUUUACAAGAACAGUCAUUCAAGAAAAGAAAAAGAAACUUUUGUGUGGAGACGCUGAAAUUACUAAAAGGAAAAGGAAAGCAUUAAUGGAUUUGUUGCUAGAACAUCACUUAGAAACAAAGAGCCUUAGCGAGGAAGAUAUCAGAGAAGAGGUUGAUACAUUCACUUUUGAGGGCCAUGACACCACUUCUAUGGGUAUAAGUUGGGCUUUGUAUCUAAUAGGACUCCACGAAGAUGUCCAAGCAAAAUUGCAUGAAGAAAUGGACAGAAUAUUUGGAGAUGACACUGAGAGACCUGUGACCACAGAUGAUCUGAAAGACAUGAAUUACCUCGACUGUGUGCUAAAGGAAUGCCAAAGGCUGUAUCCUUCGGUACCUAUGAUAGCAAGACAUGCUACUGAAGAUACCAAGUUUUGUGGUUACACUAUACCUAAAGGAGCUUCAUGUACGGUAUUAACUUACGAACUGCAUCGCGACAAGGAUGUUUUCCCAGAUCCGGAAAGAUUUGAUCCUGAUCGUUUCCUACCAGAAAAUUCUCUUAAUCGCCAUCCUUAUGCUUAUAUCCCAUUUUCCGCGGGUCCAAGAAAUUGCAUCGGUCAGAGAUUUGCUAUCAUGGAAGAAAAGACUGUAGUCUGUCAUAUUUUAAGAAACUAUACGUUGGAGUCACUGGAUCCAAGGGAUAUCAUAUCACCAGCAGCGGAACUUAUUCUACGGUCAUCAACACCCAUCAGAGUUAAAUUUAGGUCCAGAUAUCCGAAAGAAAGUCGAAGCGAUGGGAAAAAUUUAUUACUAGCAACAGUAUAAAAUAAUUUACAACGUCAUUUUAAAUUGAUUAUAUAAUCACGCAUGUUUAAUCUAACUGAUUGUACCAAUAACAAUUAAAGCACUUAUUUUUAAAGAAAAACUUUUGUUUAAAAACUUAAGCGAUAAUACGAGAUGAUAUUCGAGAUAUUGUUUCAGAACUUGAUUUGUAAAAUAUUUUGAAGAACAUCGAUGAUUGCCCUUAUUUUAUCCGAACAGGAAAAGGUGAACAGUAUUAUUAGAAACGAACGCUUGUAAUUGUAAAUAAAAUUAUGUUUUAAUUUGA